UACGUCCAUUCAUGCACCUAAACAAGUCACAAUUUCCCCCGUAUGUGCUUGUGGCUUUAAUUAUUUGAACUUUGGCACAAAAUUGCAAGAAAUGGAGUGAAGGCGCUAAACCAAACAAGCAAAUGCUGUGCUCAUUUUACCGAGCAUCCUCUAAAAUUCUUCACCCUCUACUGAAGCCCAACUCCAAUAACUUCCAUUGCAACUACCACAACUCCCCUCUCCAAACAUCCCCAUUCGACAUAGAAGACUCACUUUUAGCUUUGCUCAAAAAAUGUUCACACAAAAAUCACAUUUAUCAAACCCAUGGCUUCAUGCUACAUCGUGCUUUAGAUCAAGACAACUUCCUUUUAAGCCAAUUCUUACAUACAUGUUCCUCCCUGGGCUUUGUCAAUUAUGCUUGUUCAGUUUUCACUUCGAACCCCAACCCAAACAUUUAUCUUUACAACACUAUGAUCAGUGUUUUCUCUAAACAACAAUAUUUAUUAAAAGAUGCAAUUCUCCUUUAUAAACAAGCUCGAGCCAUUGGCUUAUAUCAUGAUACUUACUCUAUCCCUUUUGUGUUGAAUGCUGUAACUUGUCUUAGCACCGGCAGUCAAAUACACUGUGAGGCUAUUAUAACCGGAUUGAAUAAUGACAUACACGUGGCAAGCGCGGUUGUACGGAUGUAUUCUGCUUUUGGGUGCGUCUCGGAUGCACGUAAGGUGUUUGAUGAAAUAUGCGACAGAGAUGUGGGGUUGUGGAACGCCAUUAUAACGGGUUAUGUUAAGGCUCGUGAUAUGGAUACUGCGAAGUACUUGUUUGAUAAUAUGCGAGAGAAGAAUGUUGUUUCUUGGACUACCAUAAUUGCGGGGUAUGCUCGGGGGAAUCAGUUUUCUCAAGCUAUUGGUGUUUUCCGUGAAAUGACAAGUGCAGAAGUUGGUGUCAAGCCUGAUGAGGUAACAAUGCUAGCUGUGCUUUCUGCUUGUGCCCACUUGGGUGAGCUUGAGUUGGGCGAACAGAUGCAUAGUUAUAUUAUAAAACACAGGUUACGCAGAACUGUGCCGCUUAACAAUUCCCUUAUUGAUAUGUAUGCAAAGUCGGGGAAUGUGAAGAAGGCAGUAGAAUUGUUUGAGAGCAUGGAAACAAGGAGUAUUGUUUCUUGGUCAACAAUGAUUUCUGCAUUGGCUGUCAAUGGGUAUGGAAAAGAAGCGCUUAAUAUGUUUUCUCGAAUGGAAAUGGUUGGAAUUAGGCCGAACAGUAUCACCUUAAUAGCAGUACUAUCUGCAUGUAGCCAUGCAGGUCUUGUGGAGGAGGGCAGAUUGUAUUUUAAGAUAAUGGAAGAAAAAUAUGGUAUUAUUCCUGACAUCAGACACUAUGGUUGCAUGGUCGAUCUUUUAGGGCGUGCUGGUUACCUCGAUGAGGCUGCAAACGUAAUUAAAACGAUGCCCUUUGAAGCAAAUGCAGCGAUCUGGGGAUCACUUCUUGCUGCAGCCAGGAAGCAACGUCAUGUUGAACUUGGGGAGAAAGCUCUGCAGCAUCUAGCUGAAGUGGAACCACAUAACAGUGGGAAUUAUUCCCUUGUGUCCAAUACAUAUGCUGCUCUUGGUAGGUGGAGUGAAGCUAGGGUAGCAAGAAAGAUCAUGAGGGACACAGGUAUCAAAAAGUUGCCAGGCGGUAGCUUCAUCAAGGUGAAAAACAGAGUUUAUUACUUCUAUUCAGGAGACAGAUCACAUUUUCAGUGCGAGAGGAUAUACAGAAUUCUAUCACAGUUGAACAAGGUAUCCAAGAUGGUACUGCAUGAAGAUUGCGGCUAUGAAGAGCUGCUUGAUGCUGAUAACCUAUACGAGGAUCACUUAUAAGACAAGGGGUAGAAUUUUGUAUUAACUAGACAGACUGUUUCAAGGACCAUUAGCUUCAGAAUAUCAACUGAUGUGCAGCAGCUUUAAGUGUACCUAAAUGUGAAGUAGAACUUCAGAAGAACACAAUUUGGUAACCCAUCCAUCUGAAUUAUGACCUACAUACUAUGCUAAGGAGCAGAAGACAAAAAUUAAAGAGCCUGAGACAUGUGAUAUCUUCAUUGGAUAAUGGGUUCAAAAUCUUGAUGCUCCAUGCACCAACACGACCUGUUUGCGGUCCACGAGCACCAAAAUUGUUUGAAGCACAAAAGACCUGAUAUUGACUGCUUGAAUUGGAGUUGGAAGCCUAAUGCUUGCUGGAGGUGCAGGAUAUGACUUCUCAUAAUCGAUAAAGCGCUUCGAAAUUGCAUGAGACACAUUAGCUUCUGCUUCUAACUCGGAGC